GUUUGAGGAGGUGGUGUUCCACUAGUUUCACAGUGAGGUGCGAGGUUCACCUAGUCUGGAUUACUUACCACCAACACAACACACAAGUCAUCGGUGCCAAGAUUACUAUCAACCAGGAGGGGGAGAAGAAGGCCAUCAGCUGCAGCUACAGUCGUGACGGACGCACACCUGGUGUGUACUACCCAGCUGAGCCGCGACGACCACAGCAGCACAAGCAAGGUAGUAGCAGCAGGUGGCAAGAAGCGUGGAGUGGCGUGCUAGCUCGCGUGGUCACUUCACUACAACAACCAGUCACUCGUGCCGGCCAUUACCUGGCCGGCCUAUCUUCUCCCUCCAACAACAACACACUCGACACCACGAAGAACUCGGCCUCCUCCAAGAUGUCUGGCGCCAAGAAAAAUCCGCCGGCGCCAGCCUUACACAAGGUUAUUAUGGUGGGCUCCGGUGGUGUCGGCAAGUCUGCCCUCACUCUACAGUUUAUGUACGACGAGUUUGUUGAAGAUUACGAGCCCACCAAGGCUGACAGUUACCGCAAGAAGGUUGUUCUUGAUGGUGAGGAGGUGCAGAUUGAUAUUCUGGACACAGCUGGACAGGAAGAUUAUGCGGCCAUCAGAGACAACUACUUCAG